AUGGAGCUCUCAGUCCAGGUGAGAGCAGUCAUCUUCAUCUUGGUAUUGGUACCUGCACAUCAUCCCACUGCAGGUGGUGGCCAUGAUCCAUUGCUUGUUUUGGAUGGUUAUAAGGAUGAUGGUAUUCAACUCAAAUGUUUCUCUGAGAGGUUAUUUUCUGAAGUUCAGUUGUUGUGGACAGAUGAUAGAGGAGACAAUGUCAGUGGGACUCCUCUCACCACUGACACCACCACUGGUAAUACCAGCAGCUCCAUCAUUCUCAAACCAGGAUCUGGAAACUCUAUGUCCUGCAAAAUAGUUGAUAAACUGCUGAAAACUUCAACAGAGUCUUCAGUUGUCAUUGCGGAUGUCUUUUUUCCUGCCACCUCCCCUUGGCUGGCGGCUUUUGUCGUGAUCCUGCUCUUGAACGUGCUCCUGGUUAUUGCUGCAAUUUAUAAACUCAGAAAAAAAGUCCAGAAUGAAUUGGAGUUCAGGAGAGCUCACAGCAAUGCAGUUAAUAUCACUCUGGAUGAGGACUGCAAACAUCCCUGCCUCGUCAUUGAGGACAAAAACAAGGUCAAGUCCUCUACCCAGGAAGAGAUCCCACCCAAAGCAGUGGUGGUAGCUACUGAAGGGUUUUCAGAAGAGAAACAUUACUGGGAAGUGGAGGUGGGGGACAAAUCAGAGUGGGAGCUGGGUGUGGUGUGUGAGGAAAUCAGAAAUACACUGAGGAGCAACACAAUUAAUACUUUCCCAAAGGGGAAUUUACUCAGUCUGCGGUUUUCUCAGGGAGAAUACAGCUUAACUGGUGGGAAUGGUGUAAGAAAUUACAAGCCCUGCAACAUGGUAGGUGUUUUCCUGGAUCAGGAACUUCACAAGCUUUCAUUCUUUGAUGUUGAAGAAAAGUGCCUUCUCGAGUCUCUCUCGGUUGAGUUUUCUGGGAAGCUGUACCCAUUCUUCAGCCCAGGCUCUGAUGGCAAAUGGUUGGUAGUAAGCCCUGUACACACUAAAACACAUUACCCUCUCUGCGACAUCCUUCCACAGGACCAGGAAGAGAUUAACAAAUUAAUAAUGUAGAGAAUUGCAGAGGAUGUGAAAGCAGAGAGGAAGGGGAGGAAAAGUAAUACCUGCUCUUAAAACCAUGGUCAAGAAAGAAAUAGCCUCUAAAGUACUUCUUAGGGAUUCAUCUUGUACUAAGAACUAAUUUUGUAAAACCCCAGACCUGUCAAAUGUUGCAUUUUUAUUUCAUUUUAC